CACUGAUCUCGUACAAGACAAAAAAUUCGUCACAAAACAUCGCGAUGCAUUUCGACGUGGAUGGAAAUGGUGCAUCAACAAUAGCAAACUUAACUGCUAAGGCAUUUAACAAAUCUGUAAGCAUGGUGACCAUACCCAUAAAUGACGACCAUUGGCAUCACGUUGGCUUUACGUGGUCAGGUGUAACCGGAAUUAUAAUGCUGCUUAUCGAUGGUGUGUUGUGGGGAACUCGAAAUGUCUCUAUGAGCAAUGAGAUACCAUCCGGGGGGAAGUUAACAAUAGGAGAAAGAAAAGAUGAAGGUGGAAUACAAUAUCUUGUCGGUAAGAUCAGUCGUAUGAACAUGUGGAGUAGAGCAUUAGAUGGAAAGGAGAUUGAAAUGAUGGCAAAAAGUCCUGGGAUGAAUGACGGUGAUUUGAUCACGUGGUAUAAACUAAAGUAUAUUGUGUCGAACGAAAGGAUCCUUCGUCCUUCAAAAGCAUCAUUGUCAGGUUGA